UUCUCCAUUCAGGGCUUUAUGCCAUUACUAGUAGCACAGUUCAAUGAUCGUUUAACGCUUGUUUCAUUAUAAUUGAUGAUUUUGUGGAUUGCGAACUAGUUAAGGUUUCUAGGAGUUUUCAUUUGAAGCAUGUCUGCUUUGUUUAAUUUUCAAAGUCUUUUGGUUGUCAUUGUUUUAGUAAUCUGUACUUGUGCAUACAUCCGUAGUUUAUAUCCUUCUCUUCUUGACAGAAACAAAGAAGGAUUCCUUGGUUUGUUUUGGAAAGCAUCUCGUAUAGGAGAAAGACUUAGUCCUUAUGUUUCCACUUGCUGCUUUUUGAUGGCUUUGAGUUUGUUAUUUGCAAGUUGACAUCGCACAUAGUUGGUCGAAAGUUGAAAGCUUUCUCUGCACAGAACCCGUAUACUAAAAGUGGUUCAACAAGGAGGAGCCUGUCUGUUCUUGUUGCUAACUGUCGGGUUAGAAGGACGAAGCAGCUACUUGUAAUUUCCAACAUAGGAUUUCUAGCAAUAAAGAAAGUAAUUUUAUUAUCACCUGCUCGCAUAAAACUUAUGGUCACUCU